GUGCCCUUUGGGAAGCUAUCUAGUCUACCACGGUACUACUCCUAGAGCCUGAGGAAGUUGAGCAAAGGAGGAUUCACUUUUGAGCUCAGUCAGGGCGCCUCCCUGGCGCAGGCGCACUUUUUUUGCAUCUGAGCUCUUCCACAAUGGAGCUUCAAGUGGAGAUUUCGGGGACCAGAUCUCCCUAGCAAAAGGCUCCUCCACUCGGAGCGAACGCAGCAUGGCGAGGGCCUGGUGUGCUGCACUCUUAGCUCUGAUUGUCGCAUGCGCUUUUGCCAGUGUGGCAGCUUUUGAUAAGCCGGGUUCUGCCUCGACUCUGUCUGAAGGAGCUCAGGAAGCGGUGGGGGUGAGCCCCGUGCCUGACUGCAAGUCGGUGAUUGUGCAUGAUCAGAUACAGAGCCGCCUGAACGCCCUCUCCUCGGCCUAUGCCAACAACGACCUGGAGGCAGUACUCCGCCUGUAUGCCGAGGAUGUGGUGGUAAUGCCCCCCGGGCACGACAUGUUCAAGGGCAAGACGCACCCUAAGUUCGAGGAGCUGUGCAUCAAGCGCAUGAAGGAGAUCUGCAAUUGCACGACGAUUUACAACGUGCAAGAGGCGGUGGUUCCAGAGGGUGAGGAGGGCUUGUGCGGAAACGCAUUCGUACGGGACAGCUUCUCGACGCUCAACGUGACCACCCAGGAUGUUCUGACCAUACAAGCAGGCUACCAGACGACUCUCUGGGCCAAGCCAGACGGAGUCUGGGUUAUUAAGUGGGUGACAUGGACGAACGUAAUGGAUCCAUCGCCACAAGCACUACCCCCCCAAUUUGCUAUGUGAUCGAAGUGGACGUUACCUCCCCAGCUUAUGAUCCGACCGAGCCGGAUUCAGGCGUUGCUCAAGUAAAGCAGCAUAGGUGAAGAAAGGGAGCGAUGCCUGCUCAACGAAACUCCAAUCAGUGCUCGAUUGGGAGUGUUCACCUUAGGUCCAGCCUGCAUUGCAAGGCUGUAACAGUCAAAGUGGCAGUGCACGCUAAUACUAAAGCAUCGCACUGAGGUUUGUAUAGAUUUAGUACAGAUUACCGCACGUAUAGCUAGCUUGAACAGAUUCUACCCAUGCAUUUGUAAUUUAAACUUAAACUUGAUUGAAGAUUGAGUUUACUAGAGUGCUUGUCGUUGUUUAUCAAGUGUUGCACCGUCACAGAGAAUUGGGGUGGCCCGAAGCCGCUUCAAAUCUCGUCAAUUACUGAAACCCGGCACUGUCGGAAGCGGUGCCAGGCACACUUAUGUAGUAGCGCAGCAGUGGAACGUUUGGGUGCAUCACGACUGACUGAAGAGCUGUCUCCUGC